AUGGAGCAAGAAGAAACAAAACACAAUCAUGCUGUUGAAAUUCUUCCUAGUAAAGUGCUGAUUGUUUUCAGUAAUGAAGUCCUCAACCGGGAGGACAUUUUAAUGAACAUCUUCAACGUCAGCGUCGAUCCAAGUCGACAGAUACAUCGAGAUGUCCAUUGGUCAAACAAAUACUUCACUGUGAAUUUCGACAUCUACAUUGACGAGUUCGACUAUCUAGAUGAAUGGGUUAAUGAAUUUUGUUGCGCAGAAUUCGAUGAUCUGCGACAAGCACUAGCUGGCUGUAUCCUAAUUAUGCCAUGCAAAGACCGUAAUACUGGUAAUGAUGGCAAUCUAUAUAAACUCGCGCUGCUAGGGAAGUGCAAGGGUUGGGAUGAAAAGUUUGCGAUCAUUUUGGCCACUGACCUUAACGUCGACGAAGAUGUGAGAUGCCGUUUGGAGCAAGGGCUUCUGGAAACUGGGGUUGAAUUGACCUCUGUUACCGGAUCUGAUACGGAAAAAGAGUAUGGAGAAACGUUUGGGAUCCAGAGAAUAAAGGAAGUUAUUGACACUUUCGAAUGGCCGCCUGAGAUGAUCAAACGCCGCGAUCAAACAGCGGGGAAACUAACCAAAUUUUUGGAAGAACCAGCUUUCCCUCUUGAGGAUAUAAUGAGCCAAUUACAGCAGGCUAGGGCUAAAUACUUGAAAAUGAACCCUGGUGAAGAAAGAGACAAUUUCGCGCAUGAGAUGGCCGACGAGCUUGGUCGAAAUUUAUACGGCAGCUCACCAGUUAGCGAUUUGUUUUUUUAG